CUUCCUCAUCCUGCUUUUGCUUUUCAUCAUCAUUCAGCUCCCUUUCCUUUCUUGUAUCAACCAAAUUAGGGUUUUCUCUCAAAUUUGGUAUAUUUUCCAUCUCUUGGGUUUCUAAGCACUAAAAAAGAAAGUGCUAUUUCUUCCGCUUCUCCCCUUUCUAGUUUUAGCAAUAUAUAAGAAAAAACAAGAGAGGGAAAAGAAGAAGAAAUGGGAAGAGGUAAGGUGCAGAUGAAGCGGAUCGAGAACAAGAUAAGCAGGCAAGUAACGUUUUCAAAGAGGAGGAGUGGAUUGCUCAAAAAAGCUCAUGAGAUCUCUGUUCUGUGUGAUGCUGAGGUGGCAGUUAUUGUCUUCUCCACCGUAGGGAAGCUCUUUGAGUAUUCUACUGAUUUCAGCAUGGUGAGGAUUCUGGAUCGAUACGACCAAUAUUCCUAUGCAGAACGGCAACGCACCGGAGCUGAUUCUGAAUCACAGGAAAACUGGCCGGUGGAAUACCCCAAGCUUGCGGCAAGGAUUGAAGUCUUACAAAGGAAACUAAGGAAUUUGGUGGGAGAAGAUUUAGACCCCUUAAGCUUGAGAGAGCUUCAAGAUUUGGAGCAACAGCUUGAUACAGCUCUUAAGCGCAUACGAACAAGAAAGAACCAACUCGUGCAUGAAUCCAUUUCAGAGAUGGACAAGAAGCGAAAGGCUCUACGGGAACUAAACAAGUCGCUAGCAAAGAAGGUGAAGGAGAAUAAAACGAUGCUUGAGGAAGAACAUGACCAGGUGCAGUUAGUAGGGCAGCAGCAAACUAACCAAGGCCGCCACAACUCAUCCACCCUCAUGCUCAUGCCGCCGCCGCCCCAACCCCCAUCAACACCAACACUACCUACUUUUCGAACCACCAGGUACGAUCUCUCUCUCUCUCUCUCUCUCUCAAGCGAUGUUGUAGGAGAAAGGAGAAGCUUGGGGAGGAGAGAAGAAUAAAAUAGAGAGAGAGAGAGAGAGAGAGAGAGAGAGAGAGAG